CAUGUUGCUUUGACUCUCUUCCUUUCACACGCAGUGCUCGCUCCUCAUUUGUCGGGUUCAGCAGCACAAGACAGACACCUGAAGGACCUGACUUCUGCCUCGAUGUCACAGACUGGACUUUAAGCAUGGAGAACGCCAGUGACAUAAAGACCAUCAUGGCUCGCCUUCAAGCCAGGGGCUUGAACGCUGCAGAGGGUCAAUCAGAACCACCUGCACGGAGUGAACCACCUGGAAGACUCAAACAACCUGUACAGCCCAGUUUAUCCACUGGGACAAAGAAACCCCCCUUUGAGAGUUUCUCAGGAAAUCUACCCCCUAAACCGUCUUUUUUGAAAAACACGGCGUCCACUAAUAUUCACCCAUCUGGGAGCGAAACCAACAAAACCACUGGCAGACCAGUAAUGCCUCAUAAAGUCCCACUAUCCACGAAGCCCAAUUUUAGCGAAGUCAAAGACGCAGCAUCAAAACCUCUUUUUACCAAGCCCCCUCUUACAUCUUCCAAUUCAGACCUCAAACCCGCGUUUCCAAAACCUCCUCAGGGACUAAACACUAAGCCGAGUUGGGUGAUGAACAGGAAUGGCAGCAGUCCUUCCUCCGUCAGCCCACCGCCAAAGAUCUCUAUGCCAAAUCAAAUGUCAAGCAGCAGACCAUGGCAGCAAAGUGAAGAAAAGCCAAAUGAUGAUGCCCCGAAAAAGUUCCCACCUUCAUCAAACACCCACUUUAAACCCUCCUCCACCUUCAGAAACCUCCAGAGUAACUUCAGCAAAGACACAGAAAAGACAGAAGUGACUAUAGAAGCAGGAAACAAAGCUUCUUUUCCUGCUCCGACGUCUGUCCCUCCACCAAUACCUGCACCCAGCAAGAAGCCCAGCCUGAAGGUCAAGUCAGGCUCACCUUUGAAUUCAGGCCCAAAACAAAAGGCUCUUCCACACCCAUCAACUCUCGGCCCUCCUCCUGUUAAACCUCAACGACCACCAUACGUCAACUUAGACAUUUUCAGAGCUGCUGACACCUCAAAUGGUUCUCACAUAUUUAAAAAGGGCCAGACCCCAGCUGCAAGUAACGUCAGCAACACUGGGCCCCCAGUCCGGACCAGCCAGGGAGCGGCUCCAAAUCUGCCUCAACGACACGGAACAAUAAUCCAGUCAGAGGAAAUCUACGAUGAUGUUGAAGAGGUCAUCGACUCCAACUCUCCGCCACCUCUCCCACCCAUGACAAGUCAUCCAAGUCAGGGGGCAAAGGAACAAAGUGACGAUGACGGUGAGAUGUAUGAAGACCUCGAAGAUCGAUGGGAUGAACAAAAUAUUGAAAAAGACAAGGACGAGAAAGAGCAGAAGAAGCGGCUUGAGGCUGAGAGGAAAGAACAGAAAGAGCGAGAGAAGAAGGAACAAGAUGGUCGAAAAAAGUUCAAACUGGUUGGUCCUAUGACAGUGAUCCAUCAAGGAAAGGCUCUGAUGGACUGCAGAGGUAGCAAGACAGAUCUGGCUCUGAAGCAGGGAGAGAGCCUUGACAUCAUACGCACCCAAGGAAACCCAGAGGGAAAAUGGCUGGGACGAAACCAGGAUGGAUCGAUCGGUUAUGUGAAGAUCACCUCAGUAAAAAUCGACUUCAACAGUUUGAAGAAUUAUCAAACUCAGAAGGCCGAUGACCAAGAGGUCUACGAUGACAUUGAACAGGCCUCCUCAGGCGACAGUGCUGCAAAAGAAUUUAGAGCAGAAGAUGACGAAAUCUAUGAUGACGUUGUUGACGCGGAGCUGCAUGACUCCUCCUUUCAAUCCAGAUCUUCUUAUAUGAAGGCUCGCAACUUAUUGAGGAUCAUUGACCGGAACAGACGUCCGUCCAGCUCAAAAGUUGCACCGCCACCAUGCCCUGAGAGGAGCCCAGAUCAGCGAGGAGCUGCGGUAGAUGAGGAGAUAUACGAUGAUGUCGAUGCACAGAGCCCACCUCUACUUCCUCCUGUCAGCAGCAUACCAACUUUGAAGAAUAAAAACAAAGGUGAAGAGAUCGAUCCGAAAAGACAGAAGAAGAUGGAAAAAGAGGAGAAAGAAUUCAGAAAAAAGUUCAAAUACGAGGGGGAAAUUCAGGUCCUGGAUCAGGUGACAGUUCUUCCGACGAUGACCAAUAAGAAGUGGAGCGGGAAAGAGCUGUCAAUUAAAGCCGGUGAAAAACUUGACGUCAUUGUCAAACCUGUUGAUAAUAAAAUGGUUUGUCGCAAUGCAGAAGGCAAAUUUGGAUAUGUGGCAACUAUUCACAUUGUGACUGAUGAUGGUGAAAUAUAUGACGAUGUUGGAGAAGACUGCAUCUACGACAAUGACUGAGAGUCCCUGCAGUGUCUUUAUUGCUAGUAUUUAUUGUCUUUCUUCUGCCUUGGUCUCAGAUUUUAUGGUUCAUCAAUAUGACUGAAUAUAUUAAACAACAACAGCAUAAUAUCUGCUUUCAGGAAGACAUGCCAGCAUUGCUACAGCCUGUUAUGCUUCGCUAAAUUCAUCAGCUCAACCUGACAAUAACAACACUUCUGUUCUCACCCAGUUUUUAUUUAAGACUUUCGAAACUUUAAUUUAUUUUAUUCAUUUAAGUAAAACAAUUUGUACACAAAUAAACAACUGGUGAAAAAGUCUUAAAGUUCCUCACUUUUUUCCCCACCU